UUCGCUGCCUUCCUCACACGACGUUAGCUCUCAGUCAAGUUAUAGUCAUAGAAAAUGGCGCUUCGUUUUCAAUAUUUGUGCAUAAUUUUUGGUCAUAUUUUGUGCGGAGUGAAUUGUGGCGUUUCAUUGCAAAUCAACUCCGAACCUGUGUCAUUUCUCACCCACCCUUGUGAUGAUGAUUUAUUGAAGAGCGAUGUUAAUAAGGUGGAGUUGUUGAGCCUCAAACUAGAAAAUUAUAAUCUGCGUAUUCAAAGUGAAUUAAUGGCAAUGAAGGAGCAGCUUCUUCGUGAAGUAAAAACAAAUCUCGAAUUGUUAGAUUCGAAAAUUACAACGAAGUGUAAUGAAGAGAGCAAAAAUGUGAUCUCUUCAUGUACCGAAGCGAUGCGUCAAGAAAACAGGAAAUAUGCAGAGAGUGGUAUUCAAAGUGAAUUAAUGUCAAUGAAGGAGCAGCUUCUUCGUGAAGUAAAAACGAAUCUCGAAUUGUUAGAUUCGAAGAUUACAACGAAAUUUAAUGAAGAGAGCAAAAAUGUGGUCUCUUCAUGUACCGAAGCGAUGCGUCAAGAAAACAGGAAAUAUGCAGAGAGUGGUAUUCAAAGUGAAUUAAUGUCAAUGAAGGAGCAGCUUCUUCGUGAAGUAAAAACAAAUCUCGAAUUGUUAGAUUCGAAAAUUACAACGAAAUUUAAUGAAGAGAACAAAAAUGUGGUCUCUUCAUGUACCGAAGCGAUGCGUCAAGAAAACAGGAAAUAUGCAGAGAGUGGUAUUCUGAGUGAAUUAAUGGCAAUGAAAGAGCAGCUUCUUCGUGAAAUAAAGGAAAUAAAGAAGAAUCAGGAAUCUGUGCCUCCUGCAACCAAGAAACCAGCAUCGUGUACCGAAGCGAUGCGUCAAGAAAACGGGAAAUAUGCAGAGAGUGGCGUUUAUGAACUUUAUCUGCCUGAAUUUCUUCAUCACCCUUUCAAUGUUUAUUGUCUUCGUGAUCCUGAUGGCGGUGAACCAUGGGCUGUAAUUCAACGUCGUCAAAGUAACGACACCGACUUCUAUCGUGGGUGGUACGAGUAUGAACACGGUUUCGGCGAUUUGAAUGCCAAUUUCUUUCUCGGCUUGGAUAAAAUACAUGCUCUGACGAAUUCGCGAUCUCAUGAUCUUUGGUUUCAAUUGGAGGAUUUUGAAAAUGAGAAACGUGUUGCCAAGUACGAUAAUUUCGCUAUAGGCAACGCUCAAAAUAAAUAUGAGUUAAUUGCGGUUGGACAAUAUUCAGGCACGGCCGGUGACUCGUUCUCUUAUCAUCUCGGGCAAAAAUUCAGCACUAAAGAUAGUGAUAAUGACAAAGAUGCUAGCAACUGCGCGGUGCAAUAUACAGGAGCUUGGUGGUAUAAGAAAUGUCAUGCCAGCAAUCUGAACGGCCUGUAUUUAGGAGGAGAGUUUCCGGAGGAUCAGUAUGCCAAAGGCGUGGUGUGGUAUGCUUGGCGUGGAUUUUAUUACUCCCUCAAAUAUGUACAUAUGGCUAUAAGGCCGAAGUAUCACUGAGAAGGUGGUUUGCUAUUGAAAACCUUAGCCUCCAUAAAAUGUUCACUAUUUCUGACGUUAAGGCUGUUGAAACUAAUUUAACUUAGCAUAAUGUUUUAUACAACUUCGCAUAUUCUAUUUAGCAACAAAUAAUACAUUAUUUGAAAAAAGA